CCCCCACCGCACCCCUUUAAAACUGUUUUGUGAACGCUUGUUUAGAAGAACCUCCGUGUUUACGUACCGAAGAAGAAAAGCGGCGGAAGGAAAUGUCCAGCUGAGUGUUGGGAAAGCCUCAAAACCGACCACCGGGGCCUGCUUUUUUUUUCUGUAAUGAUUGAUAAAUGCUUCGACUAUGGCACUGAAGGCACAGGUUUUAUACGACUUCACUGCGGAGCCUGGAAACAACGAGCUGACUGUGAAAGAAGGCGAGACCGUCACCGUCACCAAUCAGCACAUCGGUGGUGGCUGGAUCGAAGCGCAGAACUCCAGAGGGGAUGUCGGACUGGUGCCCGAAGACUACAUAGAGCUCAACAAGUCGCCCCUCCCGUCGUUCCCCGCUGCAGGAACCCCAGCGCCGGCCGCCAACGUCGCAAAUUCCGAUCUGUCCUUCUUUGACGCCUUCGCCCCCGCGUCGACGCAACAAAACCAGGUGGACACUAGGGGCUUGAGCCCCCAGCCCGACACCCCCGAUACCCCAGUUUCCCCCUACCUUUCGUCCCCUGAUGAGGCCCACAGCAACGGCAAUGACCCCUGGUCAACGUGGAACGCGGACCCCUCGGCGGGCUCCUCCAACAACUGGGCAUCCAAUCCGGAGGGCACCCAGACCGGCAAGGCGGGUGACUCCUGGGCCGGCGCCCCUCAGGGCCACCCUCAGGCCUACCAGGGUCCAGGAGCUGAGGAUGACGAGUGGGACGACGAGUGGGACGACAAGUCGACCGGAGGUUACGGCGAGUCCGAAUCUGGAGACGGCAGCGGCAUGCAGCGAGGCGGCGCUCACGCCUCAAUGAAAAUCAAGUUUCCUGGCUUCUCCAAGUCUGGUCCCGAGUUGUACCUCCUAUGCAAGCAGAUUGCAAAGGGCAAGGACAAGCUACCGAUCUAUAUGGGAGAGGUCGGUCCGGUGUGGCUUUACCCAGAAUCGCAGCUGGACUGCGUGGUCGCCGAUCCCAAGAAAGGCUCCAAAAUGUACGGCCUCAAGAGCUACAUCGAGUACCAAAUCACACCCAACACCACGAACCGACCCGUCAACCACAGAUACAAGCACUUCGAUUGGCUGUACGAGCGGCUGCUGGACAAAUUCGGCUCGGCCAUUCCCAUCCCCUCCUUACCGGACAAGCAGGUAACAGGGCGCUUUGAGGAAGAGUUCAUUAAGAUGCGAAUGGAGCGGUUACAAGGCUGGAUGAGCAGGAUGUGCAGGCAUCCGGUCAUUGCCAGCAGUGAAGUUUUUCAGCUCUUCCUCACAUAUAAGGACGAGAAGGACUGGAAAAUGGGCAAGAGAAAAGCCGAAAAGGACGAGACGGUGGGAGUGAUGAUCUUCACCACGAUAGAGCCCGAAGCUGCAGACUUGGAUCCUAUCGAAGUGGAGCAGAAAUGCGAGCAGUUCAACAGGUUCACCAAAGCAAUGGACGACGGGGUGAAGGAAAUCCUCACAGUGGGCCAAGAGCACUGGAAGCGAUGCACCGGCCCUCUGCCGAAGGAGUACCAGCGAAUCGGUAAAGCUUUCCAGAACCUCUCCUCGGUCUUCACCAGCAGCGGGUACCAAGGUGAGGCAACACUGACUGAUGCCAUGACGGCCGCAGGGAAAACGUACGAGGAGAUUGCACAGUUGGUAGCAGAGCAGCCCAAAAAGGACCUCCACUUCCUCAUGGAGACCAACAACGAGUACAAAGGUUUGCUCGGAUGCUUCCCGGACACCAUCGGCGUCCAUAAGGGGGCCAUCGACAAAGUGAAGGAAGGCGACAAGUUGGUGGCCACCAGUAAAAUUAGUCCUCAGGAAAAGACCGUCAUGGCCAAACGAGUCAGCACCAUGUCUUACGCGCUACAAGCUGAGAUGAACCACUUCCAUAGCAACCGUAUCUAUGACUACAACCGGGUCAUGCAGCUCUACCUGGAAGAGCAAGUCAAGUUUUACGAGACGAUCGCCGCCAAGCUGAGACAAGCUCACAGUCAGUUCACGACCAUGUAAAGCAACUGUCAAGGCCGCUUACUGAGCGUUAGAUGGCGUUCAAAGCGGAGAGGCUCGGCGGUGUCGCGGAUGACAACACGCAAUUGGCGUUCCUCUUUUUUUGUGUUUAAGAUCCGCAGGUUGGCGACGGGAACAGAACACGCAAACCUGCAGUUUACACAAUUGCAAGCGAUUCGUGUCACUACAAGCUCUUUUUAAUGAAGAAGAAAAAAUGAGUUCAGAAAUCAACAAAGUUACCGCGGCAACUAUUCUGUGCCUUUUCAUAUGAAUGUGUGUACUGUGCAUGUUGUCAGUGACGCAUCCCUCGAAGGAAUUGUGCGUUUGUGUGUGCGCUUCCUGUUCACAUGACAGGAAGCUCCACCCCUUCCUGUCCUCCACCCACGUGCCUUGCUCCGUUUAAAACAAACAAACACACACACAAAAAAAAGCUUCAAUCCAAUUCCAUGUCUCCAUUUGAUGACGUUUACAUUUCAAGACAUAACACGCGUUUAAAGACUUAAUGAAUGAUUCCCGCUCCCUUUGAUCUGAUCGUGUGUUUUUUUUUUUUUUAAUAUAUUAUGAAAGGUGCACAAGCUGUCGAGCACAUAUGCAGUUUUUGCUUUUCGCUUGCAAUCAAUCCCUACCUUAUUUUUGGUUCACCUUGUUUUACUAUCAUGUGAUACCCAACUAUAGUAUAUGAAUAAAUACAUAUUUAAUAAUCACGCUGACCGGCAUCACAGUUGCAUGUGUACAAUGUAAGUAAGGCCUGUUUGAAAGAUUCCAGGAGCUAUUAUGGGCGGUCCAAACCGACCUCUAUCGUCUUUGUAAAGGCAGACAUUACGUUGAAGGUGUGUUGGCUCUUAUUUGUACAAGUGGCUGGUGCGUGCACAGUACAUAUAAAUAAAUAUACGCUAUUCUA